UCUUGCAAGAUGUGAACCUACCCCCAUCUUCUUUGAAACUGAUUUUCAGACGUCCAACGUUACUCUAUAUGGCAUGAUGAACCAUGUAAAUAGUUGCACUUAUAAAGGUAAACUUUAUAUGCGCUGGAUGUGAACAAAAUUCUUAGUCUGGAAAAUCUUUGUCUUGACUAGGUUUCCAUGGAUCAAACUAGUUACAUGAUAAGUGCAGUACACUUGCAUAUGACCGACUAUUCUUUUUUAAUUGUACAUUACACACGUGUCAUGUUAACAUAUAAUCAAUUCAUGUAUGAUCACAUACAAUUUGGGCUCUAUGAUCCAUCCAUGUCUGAUCAGGCUCUCUUUCUCCUAAGAAAUGAGCAUACAUAUGAGGGAAGAUAGAUAAUAAUAUAGGAAUUUACGACUGAAAUGAGGUGAAGUAUCGUUUGUUGAGCAAGAAAGAAGUUUUAAAUCAUGUGAAACCACUGAUGUAAUUCCUCUUGCACAAUAGAAGUCUGAAUCGUGGGAAACGGCAGAUACCUGUAAUGAUGAAGUAAAAAGAAGGUAGCAGUUUAUUCAAAUAUUCAGACUUCAAUACAGCCAAACAACUAAUACUACGUAAUAACAGUACGAUGAUGCUGAAAUCUUCAUGGCGUGCUUACUGUCUCGUGCUUCUCUACGACGUCCAUUUAUGCCAUAUUUUUGCUCGCAUCUCUCAACAUCCAAUCACUCGCUUCAUACGAAUCCCGAUUUCACCAACUAUUAUCUUUCUGUGUUACCAUUCUGCCGGAAGAGCCGAGACUUGGAGGCCUUAAAAUCUCUUCUAAUAGUACGUGGAUUGAUCAGCCACCAGCCUUUAGUUAAACACUUCAUUGAUCAGUGCUGCCAUCUGGGUUUUCCGAAUCUAGCUCUUUCAGCGUUCAAAACAAUCGAAAAACCGAGUCUUUACUUGCAGAAUUUAGUUCUCAGGAGCUUAUCUUAUGAUGGGUUGUUUGAAGAUGUGAUGUACUUUUAUCAAACAUGUCGAGACUCUGGAUUUUCGUCUGAUAAUUACACUUACCCUUUUGUGAUCAAGGCGUGUGCAGCUUUAUGUGAUGUCUGGUUCGGUAGAAUGAUGCAUUGUGUUGUUUUGAAGAGUGGGUUUGGAGAGAAUCUGGUUGUGCAAACUGCGCUUCUAGAUUUCUAUUCCAAAGUCGGUGAAAUGGGAAAUGCACGUAAGUUGGUUGAUGAAAUUUCUCAACCAGAUGUGGUUGCUUGGAAUGCUUUGAUUUCUGGAUAUUCUGUUAAUAGGUUUGAUUUUGAGGUUCUUCAGGUUCUUCAAGACAUGCACACCAUGUCUGUGAAGCCUAAUUCCAGCACGUUUGCAAGUGUGUUUCCUGUGUGCUCCCGUGUUGGAGUUGAUGACGUUGGUACUUCUGUUCAUGGAUUGGCUUAUAAACUUGGAUAUACGGAGGAGGAAUCUCUAGUGCCGGCUUUAAUUUCAAUGUAUGCUAAUAGUGGGAACUUGUUGGCUGCUAGACACAUUUUUGAUACUUCAACGAGAAACAAUAUUGCCAUAUGGAAUGCAAUAACUUCUGCUUACACACGGAACCAUAGACCGGAAGACGCUGUUCCAGUGCUUCAAGCAAUGCUACGAAAUGAUAUAAAGCCGAAUAUGGUAACUUUUGUGUCUCUGCUUCCCUCUUCUGAAAAUCUUGGCUGCAUUUAUGUUGAGUCCUUCCAUGCAUAUUUAGUGAAAUUUGGAUUUGAGGAAGAGCUCUCUGUUGUCACAGCUCUUCUCUCAGUGUAUGCUAAACUAGGGAAUAUGGAUUCAGCUGAGUUCCUUUUCCAUAAUAUACGUGUAAGGAACCUCCUGUUUUGGAAUUCAACGGUGUCAGCAUAUGCUGGCCAUGGCCUCUGUGAGCAGAGUCUUGAAGCAUUCUGUCUCAUGCAGAAGGAUGGUUUUGUUCCAGAUGCAAUCUCGAUUGUCAGUCUUCUUUCUUCAUGCUCUGAAAUGAGUGCCACUUUGCUCGGAAAGUCUGCACAUGCUUUUAGUAUCAAAAAGGGUAUUGAUUUAAACCUCAAUGCAUCCAAUGCACUGUUGGCAUUUUAUUGUGAUAGCAAAAAAUUGGUCUAUUCUUUCAGGAUUUUUGAAAGAAUGGUUGAAAAAAAUGUUGUUUCAUGGAACACAAUGAUUUCUGGGUGUGUAGAUAAUGGAGAAUCAGAGAGAGCAAUAUUCCUAUUCCAUCAGAUGAGGCAAGGAGGAGUAAACUUUGAUUUGGUGACAUUGAUAACUAUCCUUCCCUCUUGCCGUGAGUGUCAAAAUCCGUUGCUUGGUUUAGCAAUUCAUAGCUAUGCUCUCAAGACUGCUUUGACAACUGAUAUUUCCUUAGUUAACGCCCUUGUUAGCAUGUACAUCAAUUGUGAAGAGCUUGAUGCAGCAAGGUUACUCUUUGACGAUAUGCCAGAUAAAACUGUGGUUUCAUGGAAUGCUGUUCUAACCGGCUACCGUUGUCAUAACUUACACAAGGAGACCAUCGAAUUGUUUAAUCAAAUGAUAGAGGAGGGUCAAACACCAAACUAUGUAACUUUGCUUAAUGUGUUGCCUGCAUGCCACACCCUUCCUCAAGGUAAAUCCAUUCAUGGUUAUAUCAUUAGGAGGAUGAUUCCACUAGAAACUCCUCUUCUCACAUCUCUGAUGAUCAUGUACGCCAGAUUGGAAAACUUACCAUCAUGGUUGAAGCUGUUCCAUAUUGGAGAUAAGACAAGUAUUUCUCUGUGGAACACUGUUAUAUCUGCAAAUCUACUUUCAAAAGAUGGUUCUAUGGCAUUUUCCUUCUUCCGUGAGCUGCUGCGGAACAAAAUCGAGCCUGAUGAUGUUACAGUUCUGAACCUCAUUUCAGCUUGUGUCCACCUCAAGAACUUGCACAUUUCAAACUCUGUCUUGGGUUAUCUGGUAAGAAAAGGAUUCGACAAACACGUGGCAAUUAGUAAUGCCUUGAUCGAUAUGUAUGCAAAAUGUGGGAACAUCUCUUGUGCAAGGAUGCUCUUUGAGGCAAUGGCACAAAAGGACACCAUUUCUUGGAGUAUAAUUAUAAAUGGUUACAGGUUGCAUGGUGACGUUGAAGCCGCUCUUGCUCUUUACACACGGAUGAAACUUCUUGGUUUGAAACCUGACAAAGCUACCUACCUGAGUGUAUUAUCAGCUUGCAGCCAUGGGGGUUUUGUCGAACAGAGCAGGAAAAUUUUCGACUCUAUGAUACACGAAGAUGGUGUGUACCCAGGGCUGGAGCAUUAUGCAUGCAUGGUCGAUCUUGUUGGUAGAACAGGCCGCUUGAAUGAGGCAUAUGAACUUGUCAAAAAUUUACCACAUAAACCUUCCUCAAACAUCCUUGGAUCACUAUUAGGUGCUUGUCUAAGUCAUGGAAAUUACCAGCUUGGAGAGGAAAUAGGAAAGUGGGUAGAUGCCAACAAUGUGAGGCUGGCGAUGGAACAGAAGCAAUUCAGUAAAUCUCCAGGCGUCAGCAUUCUUGAUGGAAUAUAAUUUUCCUGCAGUUUGUGAUAUGAUAUUGUUCAGUAUAAACCAACAGGAGAAUAACUCAAGCCCAGGCUGGUGUCAAUAAUAGACACUUUAAGACAGGUAAACCCAAUCUCUGUCCGGUGUUACGAUUGUCUAGAUACCAAGAAGACCACUAUUUAUAAGGAUCAACAUUGAGAUAAGGACAUUAUAGAGAACCUCAAGUUGAUCAACAUCAAAUAACUGGAACAAAGUUUGAAUGACGCUAAAUGCCCUGCAAUCGUGGCAGGAAUUGAAAUCAUUAUAUCUUGGUGAAGGUAUUGCGGCCAACCAAAUGAAAUCCUUAAAGGAUUAGAAGAAAGAAACAAGCUGCAGAUUCUCCAAAAGAAGGCAAAAAAUUUAUAUUAAAAAAUCAAAAUUUCUUUCCAAGUAACAUAAUAUGAAUACCCACCCACACAUUCAUUGAUAGGUUUCCCACAUUUAAAAAUACUACAAUAAAAUACUAAAAACAUGUAUCAGUCCAACUCUUGGAAUGUUCCAAUACAUCAAAAAUCAAGUAGCUAAAAGCGAAACAUAAAACAAUUUCAUCUUGCAGUCAACCAAACACAAUACUCAGUGCCAUUCCUUCGCCAUAGUUAUAGUGUUCAAAACAGCAAGCCUCAGGAAAGGAACUUGACCGCUUGACUCAGAAGUGUAGCUCUCCAGCGAGUCAAGAACACAAUAAAAAGGCUCCAAAAAGACCCCAAAAGCAUCAUAACAUGAAGCUCCACAAUGCAGGGGGGUAAGACAAAACCAGGCAUUAUUGUCAACGAAAAUGCACUUGCAACAUCCAUAAUAUGCAUUGCUCCAUCAUGUUUGUUUCAUGUAGUGGAACUCCCACUAGUGGUCUGCUUAGCAACGUAAAUUUGUUUCAUCUUUGAAGCAGGAAAACCUUUAUCCAUACUGGUGGAAUGGAU